CAGAGGUUGGCUAAACAUUGACAUGCUUAAGCGCCCUUAUCCUGUAGCCGCCGGUUUGAUGGAUAAGCAGGAUUUUGCCGCCUCGAUGAUCGCAGAAGAGCACAAUAGCUUUGGAAGGCAGCACACAGAAAUGUUAGAAGAGCACUUUGAAGAGAUAACACGAAACGACCACUCUAGGAAAGUUGCGGCAGGAGACAUUCUUCGUGGAAUGUUGAUCCGGGGUAGGCUGCAAGCAGCUGUCUUCGACGUCUUCAUGCAGCUAUGCCUCCAAGGCGUAUGCUCUUUAAGUGCCCUUGAGCACCCAGUCGAUUGGAAUUAUAGGGCUCCAGAAGGCACUUGCCUAUCUUGGAUUCUGCGUAUGCUGUACGUCUUUGGCUGCUUCCGGGUCAACUGGUCUUCAGUACAGGAGAACUGGGGCAUACGGCCCAGUAGACGCUGGGUCGAAUAUGAUGCACCUAUACUCUGGUUGGGAACGAUGAUCGGCCGCAGCUUCACCUCUCUCGAUGUCGUCUUCGACAUCAUCCGUACGACGAACCAGCUCGGACCCAUUCAUUCCGAUUCUUUAACGCAAUUGGCUGAAGGUUUUCAGCCUAAUGAAGCAUGGAAGGCAGAUAUCAAUCUUAAUCGCCCUCAGAGAUGGUAUGGAAGUGGAACAUUCGCAUUCUGGCUUCCAGAGAACGUUGAGGCCUGUAUCAUCCAACAAGGAUUCGACGAUGCGGCUAUGGCGCUUUCACAAGACUUCUACAAGCGUCUCGAGAGGACGGAAAUGCAUUACGCAGUAUUCUUCGAUAUCAACCGGGAUGUCUUCGAUACUGACGUCCAGCAAGGAGAGCGUGAUGUUCGUGACUGGAUCUCAGAGGAUGCCUGAGCAAGCAGCGGACAAAGCCUAGAAGUACUUUUCGGAUUAGCUUUAUGGUUGACUUUCUUUUGACGAGGGAUCCACCUCUAUUCAUUUGGCAUCUUUGAGCAUGGAGUCUGGAGAGCAGGGGCUUUCGGGAUUUCUCUGUGCCACUGCUCGCUUUCUUAUGUGCAUUCUGGUUGCUUAUUGCGGGCAUCAUCAUUAGGGACAGGUUGUUCUUUGAACUGGCAGCUGGUGCGUGAGGCGGGUGUUAAUGCGGCUUCAGAGGGAGUCGAACCCUGCUACGUGAUGCCGGGCAGGUUCUCUAGAUUUUUCCAGACCAGAAAUUGCUAGAUUCCACU